AUGAACCCCAGUCAACCAGAAAGCUUUAACCACAGGACAGAGACGCUGUCUACUGGUCGCACUUAUCACUUUGUCGAUCAGCUCCCCGAUGCAUACGACCCCAAGAGAAAUCCUACUCUACUAUGUGUCCAUGGUUUCCCUGACCUCUGGUAUGGUUGGCGCUAUCAGAUCGGCCCCUGGGUGCGGCGCGGCUGUCGGGUCAUUGCACCAGACAUGCUGGGCUAUGGAGGCACGUCAAAACCUGUAGAAGCCGAACAGUAUUCGACAAAGAGACUCUGUGCGGAUCUGGCUGCCUUACUAGAUAGUGUCGGCGUAAGAAAGGCUGUCCUCAUAGGGCAUGACUGGGGAUCACACACUGUAGGACGAUUCGCGCUAUGGUACCCAGACCGUUUACUCGCGCUCAUUAUGUUAAGCAUACCAUACACCCCUCCCUCCCGUGAAUAUAUGCCAGUUGAAGAGGUCGCCCGUCGUGCACCCAACCUCGGCUAUCAAGUGUAUUUCAACGCUCCCAACUCCAACCUUGAGAUCCUUGCCCAUCUAAAGAAAUUUCUCCCACUAACGUUCAGUCCGCCUGACUCUAAACACGACUAUUUUACCGAGGGAUCGCUCCAGAAGUUGCUGUUAAAGACCAGAGAAAUAAAGACGGAAUCUUUUUUAAGUGAUCUGGAGUUAAACUAUUAUUAUUCUGAACUGCAAAAGGGAAUGUUCGGUCCCCUCAACUACUAUCGGACAGCUAAAUUCAGACACGAUGAGGAGCUAGCGGCAGGUCUUCCAGCAACGCUGCGUCCCGACUUGCCGUUCUUGUUUAUGUGGGGCACAAAAGAUGCUACGGCGACGCCGUUCAGCAUUUCCAAAUCUCGCAAAUUCAUUCCCAAAUACCAGGACGUUGCAUUUGAGGGACGGGGGCACUGGUUGAUGGUAGAAGCCAAGGACGAAGUAACUCAGACUGUCAUCAAUUGGCUGGAAAGCUUGACAUCCAAACCCAAAUUAUGA